AUGGGAAAUAUCUUCUUUGCAAAAUGUAUGGGGCCAUCCCCGAAGGCGACAUUCAAAUUUCCAAUAUUCUGGCCUACAGCUCCUCCAUUGCCGACCAGACCUCCUCUAACUCUUACCCCUCGAACCCGAACUCGAGAACCCAUAACGCAAGGUUCAUCCUACUGGGAUGACAUUGACCUUCGAUCAUCGACUCCAGGAACGAUUGACGGAUCGGGCAACUGUGUAUGUAAUCCUGGACUUGGAAGCAGCGUACCACCAAGCACACCAUCAGUUUUAGUUGAAAGCCCACCUCCCGUCAUCAUAAUAGCACCGCCAUCGGGACAAGAUGUUUCGUCCACUAUUUCUCCUGAUUUGACUUCGACUUUCCCCCCAAGAGGCUAUCCACCGAUCGAGAUAUCAGGAUUAGGCUCCCCUGAUGGCAGUGGUGAAGAGUCUGGAGAAUAUUCGGCAAUCCCAGAAGCAUCUGGUGAAGCAUCGGGAGCCCCAGAAGCUUCUGGAGAUUUUUCGGGAACUCCAGAGGCAUCUGGAGAAUCAUCUGGGAUCCCAGAGGCAUCGGGCGAAUCUUCAGGAGUUACAGAUCUUCCAGGAGGAUCAAUCACACCACUUGUACCAAAUGGGAUAAGUGUUCCAACAAAUGCAGGACUACAGCAAAUUGUGACAGAUGCCAUACAAGUUCUGAAUAACAUGGGUGCAUCGAAUGCAUUGUCCUUCAUACAGUUCAUUGCCAGUAGUAUCAGUUUCGACACCGACACCCUCAACCAACUGGCACCAAGUCUCACAGUGCUGAGAACAUCGCUUGCACAAUAUCCAGCUGAUUGUCGACGCAGCACAGCCGCAACUUACGACUAUAACACCCUAGACGACGUCUUCAAUUUCGACACCAGUUUCUGGCUUGCACCGCAAAACGCAGUCUCACGGUUUAUAAGAAUAUUCGAAACUGCUGCGCAGUUCGUUCAAGACUACUGUAAUUGA